CGGUUGUCCCGCGUCCUGCGGUUGGACGGCGGAGGUGCCGCAUAUCGGGGCCAUGGCGGGGGCACUGAGGAAGACCACUGGACUUGUAGGAUUGGCUGUAUCUGAACACCCUCAUGAGCGCCUGCGAAUACUGUACACAAAAAUACUUGGUGUCCUACAAAGUAUUCCCAAAGAUGCAGCAUAUAGGAAAUACACUGAACAGAUUGUAAAUGAACGAUUUAAUUUGGUGCAAAAGGAAACCGAUGUGCAAAAGCUAGAGGACAAACUGAAUAGUGGUCAAAUAGAAGAAGUCAUUGUACAGGCUGAAAAUGAGCUUUCCCUGGCAAGAAAGAUGAUACAGUGGAAACCAUGGGAACCUUUAGUUGAAGAACCUCCUUCUGACCAGUGGAAAUGGCCAAUGUAAUUUUCAAAAUGGUAUAACCUCUUGGAAGUAAAACAAAACAAGUUAUUAUUAAUAUAUUCUCACUGUCAGUUGUCUUUAAAUUAAAGAUAGUAGCUUCAUAAAAACAUGUUUUGUUUUAAUGUCCACUUAACGUUUAGCAGUCUAAGGACUGCUUCCAAUUUCUUGCAGAAAGAGUUUAAGAAAAUUCAGCUGUUGUGCAACCUUUGGUUUAUUUCCUUUUUUAUUAUUAGCAGGAUAUUUGUUACUCAUUACAAGUUAGUUUUAUAAUCUGUAUUUGUAUCUUAACAAAUACAGAUAGUAUAGGCUAUUUGGAUUCAACAUGAAAGUUGUUAAAAGUAUGAUUCCACCCUUCUCUUGCACUUUGGCUGUGUAUUUUUUGCUAGCCACUAUUGUCCUUAUGACAUACUGAGAUUGGGAAUCUGGUGUAAUGAAAACUAGGCUUACAAAAAAAAAGCAGGUUUUUUUUAGAUUUUGACUGACUCGGUGUCUUGAAGUGGCUGACAUUGCUGCCCACAUAAACUGACUCUGGCUCAAGGGAUGCAAUGGGAAGACCCAAGAGGGGUAGGAGGGAGAAUGAAGACUAUACUUCAAGGUGACAGCAGGAACAGUUUUCUUGGUUAGCAGGUACGUUACUGUGCUCAGCAGCAUACACAUGACACAAACUUUGUAUGGGGCCAUUGCAAUAGCUUUGCAUAUAAACUUCAUAAAUCUAUUUGUAUGUUAUUGAUUCAGACCUUGAAUAUUAAUAAUAUAGCGAUUUAAGAUUAUAAGCCCCAAGUAAAAUAACCAAACUAGAUCUAAGAAUACUGUGCAAGUUUGCCUUAAAUCAAUUGUUUUCAAUUCCAUUAAUAAAGCUCUUGGAAGUUUAAAGGUAAAAUCCACAGUUUGCUUAACUUC